AGCGCUUUUAAAAGUAUAUGGGUGCCGAGGGCCGAUUGGGCUGUAUUUUUGGAACAGGCUGGUAGCCUUGUUGGGACUGCUAAAACAUAUCAAGCAGCACCAAGUGUAAAGAGGGGAGGCAGGGAGAGGGGUUGAAAGCCAUGCAAGACCACUGGCUCGACUGUUCGAUUGAUACUUAACUGAAAAAAAAAAAAAAAAAAAAAAAAAACAUGUAACUAUAACAAAAGGCAGUCCCUCUCCCAGUGAAUUUCAGCAACGACAAGCUUUAAGGAAGUUUAUUCUUUUGCAAACGGAAUUAUUAAAAUGAAGAAGACUUUUUACUUAUUCAAGGAUAUACCUUAACAAACGAUGUGCGUAAAGAUACACAUGGGAAAGUGCUCUCUCCAAUUUACGCAUCUAUGGAAUGUUUUUUAUUUUUUUUAUUUUUUUAUGUUUUAUCAUGAUUUUAACACGAUACCGUAGUCUGAUUCAAUCGUCCGUUAGUGUUCAUUUAAAAAAAUCAAAUUUGAAAGUUAAAAUUCAAAAGUUUGUUGUAAUUGCAUUGGAGAGUGAUGAGCGGAGGACACUUUGAGUUUGAUGAUGGCGGAGCUUACUGCGGAGGCUGGGAGGGAGGUAAAGCGCACGGCCACGGGAUCUGUACCGGACCUAAAGGACAGGGCGAGUUCUCCGGCUCCUGGAAUUACGGCUUCGAGGUGGUGGGAGUCUACACAUGGCCGAGCGGAAACACAUACGAGGGGUACUGGUCGCAAGGGAAGCGCCAUGGGUUAGGUGUGGAGACUAAGGGACACUGGGUCUACAAGGGAGAGUGGACGCACGGAUUUAAAGGGAGAUACGGAACGCGUAUGAGUCACGGCAGCGGCGCCAAGUACGAGGGCACUUGGAAUAACGGAUUGCAGGAUGGUUAUGGGACGGAGACCUAUGCGGAUGGCGGUACCUUCCAGGGCCAGUUCACUAGCGGGAUUCGACAUGGCUAUGGGGUACGUCAGAGCGUUCCUUAUGGCAUGGCAGCGGUGGUGCGCUCCUCUUUGCGGAACUCGCUAAGCUCCCUGCGCAGUGAACACAGCAAUGGCACACUACUGCAACAGGAUAUCCCAGUCAUCACCGCCACCAAUGCAUCUGGCCAGGAAACUUUGGUCAACUCUCCCACACCCCUUGGCCCAUCACGUGGUGGCUUUGCCCUCACCCUCCACGUGGACCCCGAAGCGGUGAAGCCCAAGAAAAAAGGCCUCUUCCAUCGUGGCUCACUUCUGGGCAAGCUGAAGAAGUCAGACUCCUGCACAUCCCUAUCCAGUCAGAAGAGCAAGAUCAGUUUCUUGCGAACUGAGUCAGCUCUUAGUUCCACCACCAGUGAUGCCAACUCCACCAUCAGCCUGGGUGAGAGUGAGGGGGAAAUGGAGUGUCACGAGUUUCCUCCAAUGGAGUCAGACAUCGAUGCCACCACCACUGAGGUCUACAUGGGCGAGUGGAAGAAUGACAAGAGAUCAGGUUAUGGGAUCAGCGAACGCUCUAGUGGGCUCAAAUAUGAAGGCGAAUGGCUGAACAACCAACGUCACGGUUACGGCUGCACUACUUUCGCAGAGGGCGGCAAAGAAGAAGGCAAGUACGUUAACAACAUGUUGGUGAAGUCAGUUAAGAAGAAGGUCAUUCAACUAAAGGGCAUGAAGAUUAAGCAAAAAGUGGAGCGGAGUGUGGAAGGAGCCCAUAGGGCUGCCACCAUAGCCAAGCAGAAAGCCGAAAUCGCCAACUCAAGAACAACCCAUGCCAAAAGCAAAGGAGAGGCUGCAAAGCAGUCUGCCAUUGCCGCUAACAAUGAGUCUAGUAUAGCUCGUGUGGUUGCCAGAGAGCUCUCGCCCUCCUUUUGUCAACCAGGCCCAGAGUAUCUGAAAAAACGAGCCAUGCAGGAGAUAGCUGAGAGCAAUGAGAACAUUGACACAAGGAUGCACGAGUCUUUGUUAACUGAGGAUUCCCAACCAACACCUCUGGACAGCCCCUUCAUGCAUGAGAUUGAAAGUUUGAGACCAAGCUCCACCUCUGCAUGCACACCCUCACCCACUCCCGCCAUAAUCCCGCUGGCCUCCAGCAAGGAAGUUCCAAACCUCUUGAGUGCAGGGAGCUGGAAUGGAGACAAGACCAGUCGAGGUAGUGGUAGCAGAGGCAGCAGUCAAGCUGGUAGCAGGCCAAGCAGUAGACCUACUACUCCGUCUUCCACUACAGUUGUUGUUCCUACUGCAGCUGCUGUCCCACCACCCACACCCGAGGAGCGGCUUGCUCUGAGCAGCAAGGGCCCAUCUCGUACGCCCAGCCGCCAGAGCAGCAAAGCUGAGCAGGGUUCUGACAUGGAAAUAAAAUCACUGCAGAGAUUGGACUCUGAGUCAAAAGCAGCAGAACCUUACCCCGCUGCUACACCAGUAAGAACCAGCCUCGUAGUCUCCACUGACAAAGAAGAACCGCCUCGUCCUGCCUCCAAGCUAUCCUCUAAAGUGGCCACUCCUGAGCCAAAGGCACGUGAAGUCAAACAGAGAACUGAAUCAAGGCAGCUUGUGAAUGAACACCCAGCCUCUAUGGUGAGCAGCAAGUCUGAGUCAAAGACAGAAGAUAUGGAGGACAAGAAAUUAACCAACAAAUUUGAGCCUAAACCUUCGCUAAAACGAGAACCAAGCCCAGCCCCAAAAGCUGCACCAAAGCCUGAGCCCAAGUUAGUGCCUAAACCAGAACCUAAGCCUGUGGUCAAGUCGGUUGCUAAACCAAUUGCCAAGAUUGAGGCUAAGGUAGAGCUGAGGCAGAGGGCUAUGGUCAAAGCUCCCAGCGAAACAGCACAAGAGUCUCUGGAGCUUGAUGAGGGGCCAAAUACGAUUAUGAUCUGCAUGGUUAUAUUCCUGAACAUUGGUUUGGCGAUUCUUUUUGUUCACAUCUUGUCUUGAGGCAACAAAGCCUAAGGUAAGCUGCUACACCAACUGUAUCAUUACAAUGCACAAUUGAAUGGCAUUUGAUUACAUUUAUAUUCAUUUUUGAUUCAGCAUGAGGAUAGACCACCAGCAUACAAGGCAAGUAUAAUGCAAGUGUAAAUUUAAGUAGGGAAAAUUAUAUUUUUUUCUUGUGACUCUGCAGGUAUUAUUACACACACACCUUUUUCUAGCCAAAACCAUCCAGGUGAAAGAAACUACCAUAGGGAGCUGUGAGGAUGCACUGUGCUCCAUUAACGGCUCUGUUGUUGCGAUAUCCAGUUUCAGAACGGCCCUCCUGAGCUACUCUAAAGAUGGCUGCCAUCUGUGGUUGAACUGAGUGAUCCCAAAUGAUUGGUGUGUCUCAGUGUCUGAACAUUAAAGAGUAAAGCAUUUGUACACAUUUGCUGGUUGUAAAAGGCACUGCUGAAUUUAACAUUUUCAACUCAGUUUGAUAGUUAAUCAUCUGUUAAAAGGGCUCAUUUAUAUUAUGUACUUUUCACAAUCACAUGUCACAUAUUCAAUAGUGCUGGAUAUGUCAACUGGCAUGUAAUAUUCUACUUUGGAGAAUAAACAUAAAUACGGCUGACAUGAAAUCAAUCCUAUUUUUUUUAUGGCUACAAAAAAAAAAAGUCCUCCUGUGCACGUACUGUAUCUUAACACCAGGUUAUCACAUUACUAAAGUUUUACCAAGUUACGUUUUUAAAUCUCAGAUGCUAUAGAAAUGGCACAUUUAAUGAAAUGUUUUAAAGUCUCAAACUUGCUCUGCUUGACAAAGAGAGAUCCUGACUGUAAAGCAAAAGGCGUACCUUCCAUAAUGAAAGAACGAAUAGUAUUUGUUUGUAUGGAGACUGGCAAAUAUUCUGAUCAACAUCUUUGCUUUGAACUUAAACAAUUUAGUUAAAUGCUUGCAAAAACAAAGAAAAAAGUUCUAAUGAGAAAGUUAUAAUAAGAAAAGAUGUCCAAACGAGUAAGGUGGUUAAUGUUAAGAAGGUAUCAUGUUGUCUGUAAAGAUAACACAAGUUUCCUUCUAUAAAUAUGGUCUCCAACAGUUGAACUGAGAGAUUUUAAACAAGAAUCUAAAAAUACUACUCCACUGAAUGGGACAAGAAAAAGAGAUUUAAAAAAAUCUUAUUGUGAACUUGUGAUGACUGUCGGUUGUUCUUGCAGAUUGUUUUUCAGCAUUUUCUGCCUGUGUUAAACAUAAAGCUAAAGAACUGAGAAUGUGUAAACCUGCCUGUGCAACAAAUUCAGUGGAAAAGUAUGUCGCAAAUAUUAUAUAUGCAUGCGUGCACAUUUGAUGAGUGUUUUGUUCAUUUCUAAACUAUGGACUUUUUGUCAGCAUAUUUGUUCUAAAAAAAUGCACAUUUCAUGGUUAUAUCUAAUGCAAAACUUCUUUAAAGAGACAGUUUACCCAAAAAUGAAAAUUCUCUCAUUAUUUACUCACCCUCAUGCCAUCCCAGAUGUGUAUGACUUUCUUUCUUCUGCAGAACACAAAUUAUGAUUUUUAGAAAAAAUCAAUAUUGUUGGUCAGUACAAUGAAAGUGAAUGUGUACCAAAUUGUUGAUGCUCCAAAAAGCACAUAAAGGCAUCGUAAAAGUAAUCCAUGACUCCAGUGGUUAAAUCCAUAUCCUCAGAAGUGAUAUGAUAAGUGUGGGUGAGAACCAUCAUUAUUUAAGUCCUUUUUUGUCAGAAAUUCUUCUCCCUACCCAGAAGGGGGCAGUAUGCAUGAAGAAUAUGAAUCAUCAAAAACACAUGAAGAAUGUGAAAGCAAACUUUUUCUCACCCACACCUAUCAUAUCGCUUCUGAAGACACUGAUUUAACCACUGGAGCCUUACAGCUGAAGUCAGAAGUUUAUAAACACUUAGAUUGAAGUCAUUAAAACUAAUUUUUUAACCACUCCACAGAUUUAAUAUUAGCAAACUAUAGUUUUGGCAAGUCGUUUUGGACAUCUACUUUGUGCAUUACACAAGUAAUUUUCCAAAAAUUGUUUACAGACAGAUUGUUUCACAUUUAAUUGACUAUAUCACAAUUCCAGUGGGUCAGAAGUUUACAUAAACUUAGUUAACUGUGCCUUUAAGCAGCUUGGAAAAUACCAGAAAAUUAUGUCAAGACUUUAGACAAUUAGCUUCUGAUAGGAGGUGUACUGAAUUGGAGGUGUAUCUGUGGAUGUAUAUUAAGGCCUACUUUCAAACUCAGUGCCACUUUUCUUGACAUCAUGGGAAAAUCAAAGAAACCAGCCAAGACCUCAGAAAAAAAAUGGUGGACCUCCACAAGUCUGAUUUAUCUUUGGGAGCAAUUUCCAAAUGCCUGAAGAUACUACGUUCAUCUGUACAAACAAUAGUACGCAAGUAUAAACACCAUGGGACGACGCAGCAAUCAUACCGCUCAGGAAGGAGACGCAUUCGGUCUCCUAGAGAUGAAGGUAGUUUGGUGCGAAAAGUGCAAAUCAAUCCCAGAAUAACAGCAAAGGACCUUGUGAAGAUGCUGAAGGAAACAGGUAGACAAUUAUCUAUAUCCACAGUAAAACGAGUCCUAUAUCGACAUAACCUGAAAGGUUGCUCAGCAAGGAAGAAGCCACUGCUCCAAAACUGCCAUAAAAAAGCAAGACUACUGUUUGCAAGUGCACAUGGGGACAAAAAUCUUACUUGAGGACAUUUCUACAAAAAUAUUGUAGAAUAUUGCAUCAUAUUGUGGGGGUGCUUUGCUGCAGGAGGGACUGGUGCACUUCACAAAAUAGAUGGCAUCAUUAGGAAGGAAAAUUAUGUGGAUAUAUUGAAGCAACAUCUCAAGACAUCAGCCUAGAGGUUAAAGCUUGGUCGCUAAAGGGUCUUCCAAAUGGACAAUCACCCCAAGCAUACCAUAAAGUUGUGGCAAAAUGGCUUAAAGACAACAAAGUCAAGGUAUUGGAGUGGCCAUCAUAAAGCCCUGACCUCAAUCCAACAGAAAAUUUGUGGGCAGAACUGAAAAAGCAUGUGCGAGCAAGGAAGCCUUCAAACUGACUCAGUUACACCAGUUCUGUCUGGAGGAAUGGGCCAAAAUUCCAGCAACUUAUUGUAAGAAGCUUGUGGAAGGCUACCCAAAACGUUUGACCCAAGUUCAACAAUUUAAAGGCAAUGCUACCAAAUACUAACAAAGUGUAUGUAAACUUCUUACACACUGGGAAUGUGAUGAAAGAAAUAAAAGCUGAAAUAAAUCAUUCUCUCUGCUAUUAUCUUGACAUUUCACAUUCUUAAUAUAAUAAUAAAGUAGUAAUCCUAACUGACCUAAGACAGGCAAUGUUUUCUACAAUUAAAUGUCAGGACUUGUGAAAAUCUGAGUUUAAAUGUAUUUGGCUAAGGUGUAUGUAAAUUUCUGACUUCAACUUUAUGUAUUACUUUUAUGCUGACUGUGAUUUUUCUUAUCUUCAAAAUUUUGGCACCCAUUUACUUGCAUUCUAUGGACCAAAAGAGCUGAGAAAUUCUUCUAAAAAUCUUCUGAGUUCAGCAUGUGAAAAAAAGUCUGGGGUGGCAUGAGGGUGAGUAAAUGUUGAGAGAAUUUUCAUUUUUGGGUGAACUAUUCCUUUAACCUUCAUAGAGUAGUAAAUAUUACCUCAGACUUGUGAAAAUAUAUGUAUUGGAACUCCAGGUCUUACAGGAGGAUGUAAACACUAUGUUAACUGUCCAAAACAUAAUUUAUUGAUCAAAUAAAAGGGUUUAGUUUAUCUAGACCCACAACUAAGUUAAUUCAUCAAUGUGCUACAAGCUACAAAUUAAGACAUAAUAUUAAACAUUCAAAUUAGAGACUCCCCAAACGAUGCAAAGACAUUAACCAGUUGUUAAUGCUUUAAAACCUCUACUCUUUUCACCAGUGUUUGCAACAAACACUUUCACUUUUGUGGUUUCAAAAUGUGUUCUUGUAAAUCAAGCCAUGCAAAUUAUUCAUCAUUUGGUUUCUGUAAUAUGAUUUGCAAAUGCAUUACAAUUUGAUAAUAACUGACAAAGGAAUGAUAUUCAGCAUGAUUAUGAUACAUUUUAUCACUUGGUUUAUGCUUUCUCCAUUUCAAAGUUCCUUUCUAAUGUACUUAAGCCUGUAGCUUUAGGCAUACUCAGACUUGUGACAUUUUUGUUAAAAUUCUCAUCAUCAUUUAUUUUGACUCAUAAAAAUACACAAAUCCGUUAUCAAUCAAAAUAAAUGUUACUCAACUGCAAAACUGUCAUUCUUUCAACUUUUAAACAGCACUGAACCAUGUUCUAACUUACAUUUUCGCUUUGUUACAUUGCAUAUUUUAGUUUGGCUUUUGCUUUUUGAUAACUCAAAAAUUUAAGACUUGGCUACUAUCAAUAAUGUCUUCUCUUGUACAAGAAAAGGCAGACAAGGGGAACAAAGAAUAUAUAUAUAUAUAUAUAUAUAUAUAUAUAUAUAUAUAUUUAAACUCCACCUGUCCACCAGUUUGACAUAUCCUCCCCCAACAGGGUCUGAAUGCCAGGCCCAAUUUUAGAUUAGGGUGGUGAACUGGUCUCUCUUCAUGCCUAUUCUCUGGAACAUGGUAAGUACAUUUCAUGUACACUUGCAUAUGCUGGUAAGUGCCGACUAAGCUGUAUUAUCAAGUAUAGAAUUAGACAAUAGAGAACCUACAAUUCAGAUUGGUUAUUUUGGGAUUGUGGUGGUUGCUCAUUUCUCUUUAUCCUACAUUUAAACAUUUGAUCAACACUUGCACUGUUCAGCAUCAGUCAUGAGAAUGUGAGUGCUGGUGAAAUUAGAACAGCCAUUUAUACUGCAACACUGCCCUCUGUAUGCAAAACUAAAAAAAGCAAAAACAAAAAGAGAGCUCAUAUUAGCCUAAAUUUUAGGGAGCAAUGCAGAAGUCAUCUCAACAUAACAUGGCAUUCAGAACCCAUUUAACACCAAUGUGAAAUGGUUCGAAUUGAACAAUAUCAAAAGAUGGGAAUUGAUUUGAUCAUAAAGAAUGGGUGUUCUGUUUCAGAAUGGACUGUGAACUUGGAGUUGAAUGUGGAAAAGUUGAAAUUUUGAAACAGGAUAUAUUUGAGCCUCUAUCUACUAGGAUAUGUAGAUGUAGAUGCUAAAGGUCAAGUUCACCCUCAAGAACAUCUCGACAUACCAACGCUAACACAUUUUAAAAUCUUUAUGUUUUCUGGCAUUAAAUUACAGUGUUAACUAUUAGCAUGCAUGAUAUUCAAAAGGCAGCAUUCCCUAUAACAAUAGCCUAGAUCAAAGGCUAAAUGGCUAUUGGUUAACAUUUUCCCCACCUGCACAGUCUUGGUGACUUCGACUGAAAGGGAAAAUCAUUUCAGAGGCAGAACAAUAGAAAAUCAUGAAAGACCUAUUUUUAUUAUAUUUAUUUUUCUCUAUUGGAAUAACGCACAAUAGGGCAAGGAACAUGUGUUGAGCUCAUGUUGACUUUUAAGCUGCACUGAUGUUUAAUACUGCAUGAAGUUGCAUUGAUCUUGCUCUAUAUUUUGCUUACUGUUAUGUUGCCUUAAAUUUAGCACCAAUCUAAAAUCAAGGGGAUUAAAAAAAAAAAAAAAAAAAAAAA